UCCCAUGUGCCGUUUAGUACGGUGUCUCGAGUUGGACGGGGUAAAUGAGUUGUAGUCCAAAUUGAUGAACUCAGAAAUUAUAUUUUUGAAAGAACUAAAUAUAAUUUUAGCACAGUUCUUUGAAUACGGAACGCUUUGAGAAUAUUUAGUUAAAGUUCUGUUUGAUGGUUUCGUCUACUGGGGAAGAAUAAAAUCAUUGACCGCGGAUGGCGAGGCCCCGGCGCAGGAUGUGUGUCUCGGUUAAUAGGAUUACGCAACAUCGGGGACUUAGUUAGAACUAGGCCUCACGCAUUAUUAUUUUAAUAAGAACAUCAUUUGGUUCCUAAGCAGGUAUCUUCACUGAAGAUGACGGAGUUUACGUGCCUGCAGUUUGUGAGCUCCUUUGCAUUUGAAGCGAUGCAAAAGGUGGACGUGGGAAAGCUGGCAGCACUGAGUGAUCCAGAGCUGAGGCUGCUGUUGCCUUGCCUGGUGAGAAUGGCUCUGUGUGCCCCAGCUGACCAGAGUGAUGCCUGGGCUCAAGAUAAAAAACUCAUCCUACGCCUCCUGUCAGGGAUUGAAGCGGUGAACUCUAUUGUGGCCUUAUUAUCAGUGGAUUUCCAUGCACUAGAACAGGACGCUACAAAAGAACAACAGCUAAGGCACAAAUUAGGUGGAGCAAAUGGAGAGAGCAUCCUGGUGUCACAGUUGCAGCAUGGCCUGGCUUUGGAGUUUGAACACAGCGACUCCCCUCGUCGACUCCGACUAGCACUAAGUGAAUUGCUGGUGAUCAUGAACAAGGUAACUGAUUCAAAUGGAGAAUUUUUUAUGAAAUCCUCAGAACUGUUUGAAAGCCCUGUAUAUCUCGAUGAAGUUGCAGAUGUGCUGUGUAUCCUUCAAGCAGAACUUCCAUCAUUACUGCCAAUUACUGAAGUAGCAGAAGCCCUGUUACAUGUGAAGAAUGGAUCAUGGUUCAUGUGUUUGUUGGUGGCCAAUGUCCCAGACAGUUUUAAUGAAGUUUGCAGGAGCUUAAUAAAGAACGGUGAGCGGCAGGAUGAGGAGAGUACUGGGGGCCGGCGCAGGACUGAGGCCCUUCGGCAGCUUUGUAAGAUGAAUCCUACACAGGCCUUAAAUGUCCGAGCUAUGGUGGUGGAGGAAUGCCACCUCCCUGGCCUUGGGAUAGCCCUGACCCUAGACCAGUGCAAGAAUGAUGGCUCUGACGAUACCGUGACGGAUUUAGUGUCAUUUGUUAGUGGCCUGUUAUUGGGAACUAAUGCUAAAGUGAGAACCUGGUUUGGGAUGUUCAUCCGCAAUGGGCAGCAGCGGAAACGGGAGCGCAGCAGUUCGGUACUGUGGCAGAUGAGGCGGCAGCUGUUACUGGAGCUAAUGGCAAUCCUCCCAACAGUCAGCAGUAGUCGCGUUGGUGAAGAGACCGCAGACACAGACAUGGAGCCCAACAUAUCAGUGUACUCUGCACUGAAGGAAGAAAACGUGGUGAAAGCAAGCGCAAUGCUACGUCUGUACUGUGCACUGAUGGGCAUUGCUGGCCUCAAGCCUACUGAUGAGGAAGCUGAGCAACUCUUACAGCUGAUGACCAGCCGUCCACCAGCAACUCCAGCUGGCGUUCGCUUUGUGUCCCUUUCAUUCUGCAUGCUGCUAGCAUUUCCCAGCUUAGUCAGCACACCUGAACAGGAGCAAAUGACUGUGAUGUGGUUAAGCUGGAUGAUCAGAGAGGAGGCAUAUUUUGAAAGUACUACAGGAGUCUCUGCUUCAUUUGGUGAGAUGCUGCUGUUGGUUGCUAUGUAUUUCCAUAGCAACCAACUUAAUGCCAUCAUUGAUUUGGUGUGUUCCACUCUGGGUAUGAAGAUUGCAAUUAAGCCAAGCUCACUGAACAGAAUGAAAACCAUAUUCACACAAGAGAUAUUCACAGAACAGGUGGUGACUGCCCACGCUGUACGAGUACCUGUUACCGGUAACCUGAGUGCCAUCAUCACAGGGUUCCUGCCUAUACACUGUAUUUACCAGCUGUUAAGAAGUCGUGCUUUCACUAAGCAUAAGGUUUCCAUCAAGGAUUGGAUUUAUAGACAGAUGUGUGAGACUACAACACCCCUGCACCCUCAGCUGAUUCCUCUGAUUGAUGUAUACAUCAAUUCCAUUCUAACACCAGCAUCCAAGAGUAAUCCAGAAGCCACAAAUCAACCAAUUACAGAACAGGAGGUCCUGAAUGUGUUCAAUGGCCUUACCUGGGGAGAGAACAACAGGUGUCGGCAGAGACACAGCAUCACUGCCCAAUUGCUGGUCCUCUAUUACACUCUUUCAUAUGAAGAGACUCUGUUGUCCAACAUCAAACCAUUAGCUGCAAUGCAGAAGAAGCCCAAGUCAUACUCUGCAGCACUAAUGGACCAGAUUCCUAUUAAGUACUUGAUUCGGCAAGCACAAGGGCUUCAGCAGGAGCUUGGAGGCCUACACUCUGCAUUGUUGCGCCUGCUGGCUACCAACUUCCCUCACCUGUGCAUGGUGGAUGACUGGAUAUGUGAGGAGGAAGUCACAGGCACAGAGGUCCUGCUCAGUAGAAUGCUUCUGACCAGUCGGGCCAAGCACCAUUCACCCAAGAAGCUGCAGGAAGCUUUCCAGGUGACUUCUGGCAAUUACACUCAACUGAUACAGAUCUUGGAGGACUUGACGCUUUUGUCUGCCAGCGAGCUGAUCCCAUUUGCUGAAGCUUUGAUGUUGGAUUUAUACAAGUUGCUGGAGCCAGGUGUUCCCCGACAAAUUCUGCAAAUAGUUAAUCAGCUCUGGAGGCUUCUCAACACUGUUAUGCCAAGGAGGCUCUGGGUGAUGACUGUGAACGCCCUGCAGCCAAAGGCCAAGCUGCUUCGCCAUCAAAAGUACACACAGAAUGACCUGAUGAUUGAUCCACUGAUCGUGCUGCGAUGUGACCGCAGAGUGUACAGGUGUCCACCACUAAUGGACAUUACCUUGCACAUGCUCAAUGGAUACCUUCUGGCCUCAAAGGCCUAUCUGAGUGCCCACCUCAAGGAAAAUGCGGACCAGGACACCAAGCUGUAUCAGAACAAUACAAUGGGGAUUGUGGGGCAGCCUGACACUCCAGAGGUCACAAGAGAGGAACUGAAAAAUGCCUUAUUGUCAGCCCAGGACAGUGCAGCCGUUCAGAUUCUGCUGGAGAUCUGCUUACCUACUGAAGAAGAGAGGUCUUGUGGUGCUGCAAGGUUUCUGGAACCACUGGACCAAACAGGUGGUCUAUCUGAAUGCUCUGAGGACAGUCAGGACACUUUACUGAGCAAUGUCCGGGAGGUGCAGUGUCUCAUUUGCUGUCUCCUGCAUCAGUUGUUCAUUGCAGAUCCAAAUAUUGCCAAACUUGUUCACUUUCAGGGUUACCCAAGUGAGCUAUUGCCCCUGACUGUGGCUGGAAUUCCCUCCAUUCACAUAUGCCUGGACUUUAUUCCUGAACUCCUGGCACAACCACAACUGGAGAAGCAGAUAUUUGCCAUCCAACUUCUGUCUCACUUGUGUAUCCAGUAUGCAUUGCCCAAGUCUCUCAGUGUAGCACGUUUGUCCAUCAACGUCAUGGGAACAAUACUGACAGUGCUGACCCAGGCUAAACGGUUUGCCUUCUUCAUGCCGACAUUGCCUUGUUUAGUGUCUUUUUGCCGAGCUUUCCCACCUCUCUGUGAUGACGUUACCUCAUUACUGAUUCAGACCGGACAAGUCUGUGCCUCGCAUGUUGCCACUCAGGCACAAGAUAUUGACCCCAUCAUCACACGUCUCAAGAAUCUAAAAGAGAACCCUCACGCAAGUGCCAACUUCUACUCGAGUACAGAUCUGGAGGUGAUUAAAAAGGGGGAGAAUAUUACCGAGAGUUUGGACCCUGACGUGCUUUUGUGCCAGCGCAUCGAAGCAACUUUCUUAGAAAUAAUAAAUACAGCUGUCGUUGGAGUCUAGUACUAGAAUGAAGCUAACGCUGCAACAGCUAACAUGAAAUGAGACUGGUGAGUGACGGAACAGUUUUCGCCAGAAACAUAGGUGCUGUGCUCUGUAUAAAUCCAAAUACAGAAUGGAUUUUCAAUUACAGCCAGAGACCGAGCUGGACCUAUUGUCCUGAAAAAGAAAUGGACAUUUUAAUAUCUUUAUAAAUCUGACUUCAAUUUUCUGCAAAUUGCAACUUAGAUUGCUUUGUAAUAAAAAAAAUUGUCCAUUUACAUUUUAAAUUAGUGCUUAUUACCCAUGUCGUACAGUACAUCCAUAAGAAUAUGCUGAUCAUUUGAUAAUUGUUCCUUUUUACCUCAAUCUAACAUCCCUUUCCCACCCUCAUACUUUGUCCUUGGGAGAAAAAUAUAAUAACCAAACGAGAGAAAGAAAUGGACUGUGACGCUAUCAGAAGUAGUCCGUUAUUUUCCAUUAUCAUAGUUUCCAAGUAACCCAUUAGCACUACUAUUGACCCAUCACCUAAAAUCAGCAGAUCACUGCUACAUCUCUUAGUUCUGGUGUUUGUUUGGAUGAUGUGACUAUUUAGAUUAUUUAAUAGAAUUGCCUAAUUGGUAUUUUAUUAAAGCUUGCAGACUAGGACACUACAGCGCAGCCUUUGACCAUUCUGGUCUAUGGCAAACUAUUUUUCUGUGUAUGCAGUUUUCUUUUAUGGGCUUAUUGGUGAAUCAGCUAAGAUGCCACCAGUGCACUUGUCAUGUUUUCCACAUCAGAGUCUAGCAGUAAUUGAUAAUUAAAUAAUUGAUACAGUAAGGUAGGAGAUAAAGAAGAGAUCUGUAACUUUCAUACUUGAAAUUAACAGCCCAUCUUUCUGGGCUGCUGUGGUUGCAACAUCUCCAGCAGUGGAGUGUCAGCUGUGUGAAAUGCUGAGGCAACCAUUAAACAUGUAUCUUAACAGGUAAUUCCUAGAAAAGUAGUACACUGUGGUGUUGAGGCAAUUGAGGAACCUGUAGUUAUGUCUUGACAGUAACGACCCAAGUCUCCCAAUGUUACAGUAUCCCUUUAAAUAUAGCAGGAGAGCUACUAACAAAGGGGGCUGCUGCCAUUGUUACACAAUAGUUGUAUAAUUUCCGGAUCCCACGUUCUUAAUAUGGGUGGCACUGGGUCUCAUGCAAAAUCUUGGUUCAAACUCUUGACUGUUCAUUUUUCUCCAGAGAUGGUGCCUGACCUGAAGGAUUCCUCCAGCACUGUUGCAAAAUUUUUCCCUCCUGCCAGAGGAAAAUUUCAGCUGUGCUAAAGUGACUAACUCAUUUUGUGUAUCGCAUCAGAUUUCCCCUCCACUUUUCUCCUUAGGAAACAGUUGCACUCUCUAAUCUAUCCUCGUAAUUGUAUUCCCUCACCUGAGGAACCAUCCUCAGAUCUCCUCUGGAUUCUCUCCACAUCCCUUCGUACGAUGAGCCCAGAAGAACUGAACACAAUACACCGUUGAGGCUGGACAAGAGCAUAAGGGAACAAAAGUUCAGCAAUAAUGUUAAGACCCAGUGAAAAUACAACUGAACGUUCUUCACACCAAGCACAGGGAGGAUGUACUUGACCUUGGCAGCAGAGCAGCUUUGAUGUGGUUAGAUGCCAUGAAUUGCUGUGAGAUUUGGUGUCUUUCUCUUCUAGCUGGCAACCUGAUCUGAAAUGAUUUUUUCCCCCAUAAUCUCCUUAGCACACAGCAGGCCAGGCACCAUCUAUGGAAAAAGAGUAAACAGCAUUUUGCACUGACACCCUUGACUGGAAGAGAGAGAUUAGAAGGUGGAUGGGGAGGAGAACGUGUAAUACAAGGUAGUUAGUGAUAAAUGAAACCGGGAGGGGGAGGGUGAAGUAAAGAGCCGGGAAGUGGAUUGGUGAAAGAGAUAAAGGACUGGAGAAGGGGAAGGAGAAGCAGAGGGAGGUGAUGGGCAGGUAAGGUGAGUAUAAUGGGAAGGUGGUUGGGUUGACUGUUUACACUUUUCCAUAGAUGCUGCCUGGCCUACUGUGUUCCUCCAGCAUUUUGUGUGUAUUAUUUGAUUUCCAGCAGCUGCAGAUUUUCUUCUCCUUUUAGCAUCUUUUCAGAUUCUGUGAGAGCUGAGAAUAGAUUGCAUACAAUAUUGAAAUCUCUUUCACUCACUUCAAAGUAUACAACAUAGAAGAAAACUCCAGUCUGUGACCAUUGGCUGCAGGCCUUCACUACCGAGGCAACAGGAAAAAAUCAUAUUUGUUUAAUAAUCGUUCAACCAGACAUGAAUAGUCAUAUGAAACAGCGUUCCUCUGGGGUCAAGCUGCAAAACAGUCCCGAAAAAGAAAUCGUAUCACCCAAGUCUCUAAGUGAGAUGGCCUGUAGAUUGGUGGUGCACGGAUGUGCUCAGCAAGAACAAGCUCUCAGUUUCCACAGAUGAACGCGUGUACAUACGCAGUCCAGCUUGCCUUCCACUGAGUGAAUACUGGAGAGCAGCACCGACAGGAGCAGUCUUCCCCCAAGCCAGUUUAGACAGCUCAACACUUCCAGUUUCUUCCCUCCUGAGCAGCUGCAAUAGACAACACCGCCACGAGGAAUAGUCCAUGCUACAACCAAGGCCAUGCACAGUCAGUCGCUGCAAUAAACCAGUGAGUCAGACUUGCGGUGUUUCACAUUACUAAUGUCCAACAGGGUCUUACAACAAGAAAAAUGUCUUAAGACAAUCAGCAACUUUGUGAAUUGACUCCAACAGCUUUCUUUAGCAGGCAGCAAAAUGGUCUGCACCAAAUACAACUCCUCCAGCUCCCCCUCUAUCGAGCAACUCACUGAUGGGGUAGACCUGCAGUGCUUAAAGUUCUUCACGACCAGCAGGGUCUUGCGAGCAUAAAAAAAGGACAUUUAAAUAAAACAAAAACACCUUUAGCUGGUCCUGGAGAGGCCGAUGCAGCUGAGUGUGCUGCCAUCUAACUAGAACCAGACAUGACAUCAGAGAGUAGUGUAUGAUGCAUUGCUACUGAUAUUCACAUCAGUGUUGAAGUCAUUAUUCAAGCAAUGUGUAAAAUUGCUACAGCAGCUUUUCUUUUUAGUGAAAAGACCUACAGAAUUACAAGUGAGGUUUAAAACAAUAGGGUCCAGUCAAGAUUGAUUUUGAGUACAAAAGUGUUUUGAGGAAUACUGGGGGUGGGGGCAGGGGGGUGCAGGGGAGAAGAUGAUGGAGGAAAAGUAUGUCAUAGAUCAGCCAUAAUUGCAAAUUGUGCUAGAUGGUGGAGCAGGGUCAAGGACUAAUAACUGUUCCAGUUCUGCUAAUCAACUAUCACCACUAAUGAUUAAUCCAUCUUCUCACUGGAACUAAUACAGCAAGCAGUAUUUGUUAGAUAAUUAAUCCUGUCAUCUCUACCUCUUAGUCCUAACUGCACAUCCAGAUAAGUGAAUAAACCUGAAUAAGUAAAUAAAAUGACAAAGGAGUGUCACACCAAUAUUAUGAAUAAAUUAUUUAUUUUCAUCUGAAAAUGUUUAAAAAGUAUAAACUUUUUCAACAAUUCAACCAUAAUUUGUACUUUAAGCUUUUUGGACUGUAUGUAGCUUUUAGUGUUUGCCACGAUCUCCAGACUAAAAUUUGUUCAUAAUUCAUUGAAAGACUUGAAAGGAAGUACAGCUGCAGCUUUGCAAGCAGGAUGUUUUAUACCAAAACAAGACACCAAGGGAAAAAAAUGGACCAUUCGUCACUACAUCUGGGCUUUCAUCACUGCUUGCCCAGCUGUUACAGGCAACCAACUUUUCAGUAAAACAUGACAUUGUUCUCCCAAUAUUUUAUCUCUUUAAAAAUAAGCAAGGCAUCAACUCUGUAAAAUCCAACAAUUAAUAAAAUUUGAGUUUUUUUAAAUCUACUGCAAUUCAGCUCAAAAAUCUAUAAAUAUUUUGACAAAAAAGAUUAAAUUAUGAAAUUUAAAUAAGACAAAAAAACUUUGAAGCAAUGCAUUAUUUAAGCACUGGGAUUACUAGUGUUUGCACAAUCAAAUGGACCACUUUCAGAUCUGGCUUGAGCAUGACCAGGAAAAUAUCUGAACUGGGAAGAGACUACAGAUUCCCGUAGGGAUCAUAGGUUUGUAAAACUGCUGGAAGUAUCCAGAAUAGUAUUGUCUGCAGGCAAUCAUACCUUAAAUCAUGAUGACCCAGUUACAAUGAUUGCUCUUCUCCACACUGGAGAAUAAACUUAGCAAUAAAUUGUGGGUAACAGUAGAAAGCCUGCACUGUGGUGAAACUCCAUUUAAUGAAGAUAUCCUUUUCAACUUAAUACUAUCAUAUAACCACCAGAUUAUGCAUAUGCACCAGAUUUCAAGAACACCACUGAAUAUAACUGCAGUAAGAGUCAGGCAGGGAUAUGUGGAUAAAUAUUUUUCAAUUAAAACAGCAGUUUCUCUAAACCCACAAAUGCUAUUAUUAAGAACUAAA